GGGCACGCUGGGCUGCGGCAGCCGGCGGGGGGGCGGCCGCGGUGGUGCGGUCCAGAGGGCGGUCGGCUGCCUGGAUGGCCGGUUCCUGCGGCUGCCCAGCGCUCCGGGCUCGCUCGCAGCCCAGGGACGUGCGCUUCCUUCUCCCGCAUCGCACUGCAUGCUGUAACUCACUGCUGAACAACAAAUUGGAAACAAUUCAUAGCAUCAAAGACUUCUGACUGACGCCGUCUAUCAAGUCUUCAAGCACUGUGAACUGAAACUACAGAUCUUGGAGUUUGUGUCACCUGGGUCAAAAGGAAUGCUUUUCUGAUAUUAACGAGGACUAUUACUGCCAUUAUGACGAGCCAGGAGAAGUGGCUUAACCUUAGUCCUGGAGAGUUCUCUCAGCUUCAGAAAUAUGCAGAAUAUUCCACUAAGAAAAUUAAGGAUGUCUUAGAAGAGUUCCAUGGCAGUGGUGUAUUAGCAAAAUAUAAUCCUGAAGGGAAACAAGAUAUACUUAAUCAAACAAUUGAUUUAGAGGGAUUCAAGCUGUUCAUGAAGACUUUUCUGGAGGCAGAGCUACCUGAUGAUUUCAUUGAACAUCUUUUUACAUCAUUUAGCAACAAAAUCCCUCACUGCAGCCCAUUAAUAAAAAACAAACCCCAGCUCCUUUCUGGAGUUAAAGCAUCUGAAGACAGAUGGAAACAGAUGCCAGGUCUGAGACUUAACAAAGGUACCUCUACAUCACGACCACCUACACCUGCCAACUUGAAUUUACCAGAUGCGAUCCAGCUUAAAGACAUUGUUUGUUAUUUAUCACUGCUAGAAAGAGGAAGACCUGAAGACAAGCUAGAAUUUAUGUUUCGUUUGUAUGACACGGAUGGAAAUGGAUACCUGGAUAGUUCGGAGCUGGAAAAUAUCAUUGCACAAAUGAUGCAUGUUGCAGAAUACCUUGAAUGGGAUAUUACUGAACUGAGCCCAAUUCUUCAUGAAAUGAUGGAAGAAAUUGACUAUGAUCAUGAUGGCACUGUUUCUCUGGAAGAGUGGAUCCAAGGAGGAAUGACAACAAUCCCUCUCUUGGUCCUUCUUGGAUUGGAGAAUAAUGUGAAAGAUGAUGGGCAGCAUGUAUGGAGACUGAAGCACUUUAACAAGCCUGCUUACUGUAAUCUUUGUUUGAACAUGCUAAUCGGAGUAGGCAAGCAAGGCCUCUGCUGUUCUUUUUGCAAGUAUACAGUCCAUGAACGCUGUGUUUCAAGAGCUCCUGCGUCUUGCAUCAAAACAUAUGUGAAGUCCAAAAAGAAUACUGAUGUAAUGCACCAUUUCUGGGUGGAAGGAAAUUGUCCAACAAAAUGUGAUAAAUGUCAUAAAACCAUAAAAUGUUACCAAGGCUUGACUGGACUUCACUGUGUUUGGUGUCAAAUUACAUUGCAUAAUAAAUGUGCUUCACAUCUAAAACCUGAAUGUGACUGUGGACCUUUGAAGGACCAUAUUUUACCACCCACAUCAAUCUGCCCAGUAGUAUUGACGCUACCCACUUUAGGAGGUUUGCUCCCUGAGGAAAGACAGGCAACAGUGAAAAAAGAAAAGGGCUGUUCUCAGCAAAUGAACAAACUGGGAGAACGAAAUAAAAUGCAAAGAGCAAAUUCCAUCACUGUAGAUGGACAAGGUCUUCAGAUCACUCCAGUUCCAGGCACUCACCCACUUUUAGUUUUUGUCAAUCCUAAAAGUGGUGGAAAACAAGGAGAAAGAAUUUAUAGAAAAUUUCAGUACCUUUUAAAUCCUCGUCAAGUUUAUAGUCUUGCUGGAAAUGGACCAAUGCCAGGGUUAAACUUUUUUCGAGAUGUUUCUGAGUUCAGAGUACUAGCAUGUGGUGGAGAUGGAACAGUUGGAUGGAUUUUGGAUUGCAUAGAGAAAGCAAACUUGCUUAAGCAUCCUCCAGUUGCAAUUCUGCCUCUUGGGACUGGCAAUGAUUUAGCAAGGUGUCUGAGAUGGGGAGGAGGUUAUGAAGGUGAAAAUUUAAUGAAGAUCUUAAAAGACAUUGAGAACAGCUCUGAGAUUUUGCUGGACAGGUGGAAAUUUGAAGUAAUACCCAACGAUAAAGAUGAGAAAGGAGACCCAGUGCCUUACAACAUCAUCAAUAACUACUUUUCUAUCGGCGUGGAUGCUUCAAUUGCCCACAGAUUCCACAUCAUGAGAGAAAAACAUCCUGAGAAGUUCAACAGUAGAAUGAAGAACAAAUUUUGGUAUUUUGAAUUUGGCACUUCGGAAACUUUCUCAGCCACCUGUAAGAAGCUGCAUGAAUCUGUAGAAAUAGAAUGUGAUGGGAUUCAGCUAGACUUGAUCAAUAUUUCUCUGGAAGGAAUUGCCAUUUUGAACAUCCCAAGCAUGCAUGGUGGAUCAAAUCUCUGGGGGGAGACAAAGAAAAGACGCAGCCAUCGUCGGACAGAAAAGAAAAGAUCAGACAAAAGAACCACUGUCACAGAUGCCAAGGAAUUGAAGUUUGUAUGCCAAGAUCUUAGUGACCAGCUUAUGGAAGUGGUCGGUCUGGAAGGAGCCAUGGAGAUGGGUCAGAUAUAUACAGGUCUGAAAAGUGCUGGAAGAAGGCUUGCCCAGUGCUCAUCCGUUGUCAUCAGGACCAGCAAGUCUCUGCCUAUGCAGAUAGAUGGGGAACCUUGGAUGCAAACCCCCUGCACGAUAAAAAUUACCCACAAGAACCAAGCCCCUAUGCUGAUGGGUCCUCCUCCAAAAACUGGUCUUUUCUCUUCUAUCAUCAAAAGAACAAGGAACCACAGCAAGGAAUAAGUCUGUGUAGUUUAGUUUUUAGAAAAUCAAUUAGCUUUGUUGCGCUUUGGAAUACUUAUGCUGGAAAUCUUUCAAAGAUUUUAGAAUAUCUUCUACUUGCAAAUUCAUGGAUUUUCAUUUAGCAGUUUCCGUAACUGAGCUAAUGUAAAAUUAUGCUAUUAGAAAAAGAAGUUAUUGUCACAGGUUUGUAGGCAUUUUGCAUGAAGAAAGCAGAUGUUUAUAUAAAAUGAUGCAGCAUUUUUUUUGUUGUUGUUGUUGCAUGAAGUACCAUUUAUUAAUCUGUGGGAUAAUUCUGCCAUGGAAUAUAGAAAGAGAAUGCCAUGGGUAACUUGAUUUACUCUCCAUUACAUUUCUAUUUUGUGUGUGUGUGCUUUUUUCUAUUACAAUGGUCAUAUGCACUAAGAUCAGUAGUAUCUCUUGAAUCAAGCACUUUCGCAUCAAUAACCAAUGAGACCUGGUUCAGAGAAAUGUUUAUUACAGGUCUCAUUAACUUUUAUUUUAUCAUUUGUUUCUAUCAUCAGAAUAUUUUUAUUCAGCGAAGUAUUCAAAUCUUACAUCUUAUUUUGGUAAUUGUACCUGCUGGAAACUUCAAAUUCAAUGUAUGCAAUAUUCAAAUGAUUGCGAUCAUUCUUGUGUAGGUUUUUGCAAGACUUGAAGGCACUGAAAGUUUGAGAAAAAUUAUCCAGUUAAAGAGAUUAAUCUAAGAUUGAAGAUAAUAGUAUUUCCAAAAGUAGCCAUCAGUGUUAUUUGAUGAAACUCUAGAAUAACUGUAAUGAGCAGCACAUCUCUGAAGCAUGGCAAACUUUAAAUCAUUCUGCAUUGUUGACCAAUAGUAUAGUGUGUAUGCACAUGAAUAACCAAAGCUCAUGCCUAAUAAAGUGCAUUUCCCACCAAAGAUUUAGUGAAGGAUGCUUCAGAGAAAUGGGUUAAUGCAUAAUUAAUUAAGAUCACUGGAACAGACUCACCUCUGAAAAUUUAGAGCUCUUUUGAUUAUGUCAGCAAUGUCCAGACAAAUGUUGGGGUAGAAAAAAAAAAAAUUAAAUUGCAAAUAAAUACUCAACUUUCAUUUAUUUAAUAAGCUGGUAAACACAUAUUCUAAAUAUGGAAAGAUACAUAGUUUAAUCAUUGGAUAAUUAAAUGUAUGUCUAAUUUUAUUUUAAUUAUUAUUUAUACAUCUAUGCUAUCCAUAGUUUACUUGUCCUCUGAAUUAAUAUAUUAAGGAAAAGAUAAACCAUUAUCUAUUUCACUUUCAUAGUCUAUUGCCUGGAAUAAAAACAUCUCUUGUCAUAAAUCUGGGGGAAAACCAUUUUUCAGAUUUUUACUUGGCCCUCUGAGAGACUUCCUAACAUCUUAGAAAUCAUAGUGCAGGGAUUUGUCUGAGGUUUGCACAGCACUGUCUAAUGUUGAAGGGAAGUCCAAGAAUGGCAACUUUAUUAGUCUUGCAUAUCAACAGUCUCAAUCAAAACUUCUGUGCAGUUUUAACAUUGUUCUUUGCUCAGAGUGAGCUGCUUCUCAUCUCUGCAUGUCUUAAGUUCUCAGAAAUUUCAUCAAAAAAUAACAAAAAGUAAAACUUUGCUUGGAAUGCAUGAUUUUCCAUUUUUAUCUAGAUUUUUAAAUGUUAAUGAUUUAUUAAAUCUAUUUUUCUAUUGAUUAAUUCAUCCAUCUAAAAAAAAUAGUAUUUCAUCUUUCUGUAGUGCAAGAUACUGUGCAUGUGCUUAAAUAAAGUUGAUAUAAUUUCUUCCUCAGUGUAAGAAUUGAACAGAAUCCUAGUUUAUACAAUGGAUGCCAAAAUAAAAGUCAGUAUAUAGUUGGUAAGAAUUAUAAUUUCGAAAUAUAUGAUUAAUGUUCUUUAAAAAUUAGGAGGUAAAUACUGAUUAAUGUUGUGUUCAGCAUUAGGUAGAAAAAUUGGGGGGUAAUAAUUUGCUAAAAUUAAGAUCUUCUAGCUCCCCAUUCUUGGUCCAGUGAUGGGCCCAAUUAGUUACCAUACUAGCAAACUCCUCUUUUUCCAGUGCAUUGCAAAUGUACAAACACAAAAACUAUUAUUAUUACAGUAGUAAAGAUAUCUGCAAAAAGAAGAUUACACAAAGUGCAAAUAGGUUUUAUGAAAUUAUGGUUAUAGGUGAUAUUUUCAGAUUACUUGAUGUAGGAUUUUCUACCAAUGCUCUUAACUUUUUGUGGCAAAUAUGUGUUUAAUGAUAAUAUAUAAUGUGUUCUCUAUGAUUAUCUCAUGAACAUUGUAACUCUGAAAACAAAUAAAAAGAUAUAUAAGCUACUCUUUAAUAAUGUAUGCAAUUUUAAAAGUGCCAGUCUGAAUAGCAAAUUGUUCACAACGUGCUUUUUCAUUU